UUUCGGAUGGCGCGCUUGUUCCUGCUAUCGCGGAAGGGUCAACACCACGAAGAUUGCCGAUUGACGACAUUAAAUCUUAUGAUUACACGGAUUUUAAAAAUAUUGAACAUAUCGGUGUGGGUGCUUUUGGCAAAGUAUAUUCUGCUGAUUGGGAAACACGAGGGAUUCAAGUCGCUUUAAAAACAUUAAAUGAGAGAAAUGAUAUCGAAGAGGAAGAUUUUAUUAAAGAG